CGACGACGCAAAAUAAGAGAUUGACAGCACAGAGAGCCAAUCUUAAUCAAAAAUGUGUAUAACCACGCCUACUUUUUGAUCUCACCGUUUCAAUUGGUUAUUUUUUUAUUCCUCCCUUUAAUUGGUGUUUGUAUUCUAAUCGGGUGGUUAAUGAGAUCAAAUAACAUGUUUAUAACAAAUACAAAAAUAUGUCUUUAAACUAGCAUAAAUAAAACGCUUAGUUUGUGCAUGUAGACUAUUUGCAUCACCGGUGUUUUGGUGAUUAGAUCAUUGCGUCGACCGAGCAGCAAGCAGCAGCAAGCAGCAGCAGCGUCUACGGAAGUCACAGCUUUGCUAUAUGACUUGUACAAGCACGUUUCUUGUACGCUUAUUCCCGUUUUCGCCGCUUGUGCUGUGUGUUUCCUUGAGUAUAACUAGCUAUUUGUAACUAUGGCGAAGGUGGAUACCUCCUCUAGCAGACCUUAUCACAUUAUUAUUUUCGGGGCUUCGGGUUUCACCGGGCAGUUCGUGGUUGAAGAGGUGGCCAGGAUUGUGUCGGAGGGCCCGAAUGGGACGCUGAAAUGGGCUGUGGCUGGGAGAAGCAGACAGAAACUGGACAAAGUUCUAGAGCAGGCCGCCGGAGCCCUCGGUAAGCCAGAGCUGAGGACCGCGGUGGAGGUCAUUGUGGCUGAUGUGGGAGAGCCUGAUUCUCUGGCCGCCAUGUGCAAACAGGCUGUUAUUGUUCUCAACUGUGUGGGGCCAUACAGGUUCUGGGGUGAGCCUGUGGUGAAGGCAUGCGUGGAGAACAGCGCGCACUGCAUUGACAUCUGUGGGGAACCCCAGUUCCUAGAGAGUAUGCAGUUGAAUUACAACAGCCAGGCAGCUGAUAAAGGAGUGUACAUCGUGGGGGCUUGUGGCUUUGACUCCAUACCUGCAGACAUGGGAGUCCUCUACACCAGGGAACAAUUCAAAGGGACACUUACAGCUGUGGAGAGCUUCCUGACAGCUAGCACAGGACCUGAGGGUGGAUCUAUCAAUGACGGGACAUGGAAGUCGGCCAUCUAUGGUUUUGCUGACAGCGGAAAGCUGCGGAGCCUCAGGAAGAAGUUUGGACACAAACCUCUCCCUGUGGUGGGCUCAAAGAUCAAACGCAGGAGUGCCCUGUUCUAUAGUAAUGAGGUUCAGCAGUAUGCAGUCCCGUUCAUGGGAGCUGACCCCUCGGUGGUGAAGAGAUCUCAACGCUUUCUCCUGGAGGAACACCAGGAAACACCUGUCCAGUAUGGUGCAUAUGCAGGAGUAGGAGGUGUGGCCAACAUCGUCAAGAUGCUAUUCGCCGGGAUGAUGUUCUGGUUCCUGGUCAAAUUCGACUUUGGACGAAACCUGCUGAUUAAGUUUCCAGAGUUUUUCUCCUUUGGUUUCUUCUCCAAGGAUGGACCAACCAGAAAGCAGAUGGAGGGUUCAUCCUUCCAGUUUGCGUUCUAUGGAGAGGGCUACACUGAGGGACAGGACCCCAGCCAGGGACGACCCAACGCUAAGAUCCGCACACUAGUCCAAGGACCAGAGGCAGGCUAUGUGGCCACGCCCAUCGCCAUGGUACAGGCUGCCAUCACCAUCCUGAACGAACCCACAGCCCUCCCCAAGAAGGGUGGUGUGUACACCCCAGGAGCAGCUUUUGCCAGAACAACGCUGGUGGAGCGCCUCAACAAACAUGGCAUCCAGUUCUCUGUCAUAUAAUGUGUGACCUCUUCUGACCUGACCCCUGACCCCAGGUCAUCAGUAUUGGCACUUCACUGGUGUUCUCACUAGAUGGUCAUGCUGCAAAGAGAAAAUUGGCUAUAUCAGCAACAUCUUAAUUAGGGUUAGGCUGAAGGUUAGAUUUCUCCUUCCUUCUAACUUUGCAGCAUGGCCCGAUAAUGACCACCCUCUGUCUGACUGGGACUGUAGAGUCUUUUAAGAGACCGUUACUUUAUUGUCAAAUAAUGUGGCCUCGGCUUUAAUAAACUCGCCAGCGGUAGUGCAGUUUGUGUAGAGUAGGAUACAAAUGCCUCUUCUCCCCUGUGUGUGGGGUGGGUGUUCCAUGCCUGUGUGUGUGGGGUGGGUGUUCCAUGCCUGUGUGUGUGGGGUGGGUGUUCCAUGCCUGUGUGUGUGGGGUGGGUGUUCCAUGCCUGUGUGUGUGGGGUGGGUGUUCCAUGCCUGUGUGUGUGGGGUGGGUGUUCCAUGCCUGUGCGUUUCAUGCCCGUGCAUGUGUUUUUCUUUCUCAAUAAAAAGCCUGACUGCAUUGUUAUGGAUGUUCCGGUAAGUUCUAUGUCCUUUCUCUGUUCAAUACCUGUUUAAUUUUCAAGCACAUCGUCAGAAACCUACCUUGUUUCAAGAGAAUCAGCACUUAUGAACGGUUUCAGAAGUUCUUCCUUUGUGAACCAUAGUGUGCCGUAAUCAAACAUCGUUUUGCUGGAUCUGUUUUUAAGGAAUGUGCAGCAACAUUACUUACCUGAGAUCGACAAAGCAGUGCUUGCUGCUUGUAAGAAAUAGGUGUUUGAGUUCAAAACACAGAAAGAUGGAGUGAGGUGUCUUCUCUGUGUUUCACGUGUGUGUGUGUGUGUGUGUGUUGGGGAAGGUUUUGUCCUUGUUCUGUUUGCCUGCUAGGGCUAUAGUUCUUCUCUACCUGGCCAAAUAAAACCAAGACUACUGAAGUCAACCAA